GAACGACUAAUUUAUUUAAAAUACAUCACAGAUACAAAUAGACCACAGAUACAAUAGACCACAGUAAUACACUUUGACACAACCAUCACUAGGUGGCGCCACUUGUACCAUUUCUAUAUUUUGAUACUUUCAACAAAAUUAAUAAUUAUAUUAGAUUUUGUAUAGUAUAUACUAUUUACAAGGCCAUGGCAACCAUUAAAUAUUGCAGAAUUUGCCUACAAAUCAAUGUUAAAGUUUUUGUUAUGGAAUCUAACUCUCUAGAACAUUACUAUGAAAUAUUAACUGGAAACAGUGUCAAGAAGCCUGAAUUAUCAAAAUAUGCUUGCUUUGAGUGUGCAGCUUUACUGAAAAAGUUUUAUAUAUUUAAACAAAGGGGACUGCAGAGUCAAUUCAUAUUGGAAAAUAUUCUUAGAAAUUCUGGUGAGAUUACAGAUGAUGACAUUAUUCAGAUAGAUAGAAAAUCUCUACUGUUAGGUUCAAAUCUAAGUAAAAGUGAUCUUCAAUUAAAGUAUAGUGAUGGAAACUCAACCUAUACAGAUGAUAAAAUUGAAAAUAAUGUAUUAAUAGAUGAGCUGGACUUUGAUUGGCCCAGUGAUGAAGAAUUGCAAAAAUUUAAGACUGAAAUAGAGAUUCCUGUUAAAGAUGAACAAAAGCAGGAAGUUCCAAUAGCAUUAAAGGAUAAGACACAAAAAAAGAUAAAAAUACAAAAACAGAAGGUUAAAAAGAAAAUAAAUAAAAGAAAAGAGAAGAAAAGUAAUCUGGUUAAGAAAAGAACGCCUGCUGCAGUAGAUUGUAUUGAUAAUGAAAGUUUUGCAAAACAUUUUGCAACUAUCCAUUUAACGACAGAAGAGCAAUUUGAGGAGGUAAGAAAGCGCAAAGAGUCAAAGAACUAUAGAAACUCAUUUUACAAGUGUGACAUUUGUUAUAAAGGAUUCAUACAUACAAAAGCCUGGGAAACACACAAUAAACAACAUCAAGAGGGUAAAGUGCAGUGUGAUAUAUGCAAAAUGCGUUUUCGGACUAAGCACAGUUUGCAGGUACACAUUCAAUUCCACAGCACAAAAUACCGCUGCAGAAAUUGCCCCUACGUAACACUCGGCAAAAAUCACGCCAAAUUGCAUAUCCUUUGGCACAGAGGUCAUACAUACAUUUGUGACCAUUGUGGAGAGAAGUUUAGUAAUCGUAACGCAUACCUAACUCACGUGCGUUUAAAACAUCGUUCGGACUGGGUUUGUGGUUUCUGCGCUUCCACUUUUGUGUCGCAACUUGGUCUGAUGCAACAUAAAAGUUAUCACCAUGCGAGUCAUGAUGAAAAAACAGAAAUAGAUGAGAAUCCAGAUGCGCCCCACUGUGCCGAAUGUAAUAUGAAGUUCGCGAAUACGGAGGCGUUCAAGAAGCAUUUCCUCACAGCGAGAAAACACGAAGAAACUGCACAGACAAUUAUCGGUUGUCGGGAAUGUGGCGAGACAUUUGCGAGUAAGGAAGAACGUCGCCAACACGCCCAUAUUCAUCAAUCGCGGUACGCCGGCGGCUAUCGGCCGAGUGCGCCGCCCGCGCCUACCCGUUACCCACGAUUGAAGACUGACGACCCGGAACCUGAUAACGGGCCUACGGUCUGGCCUAAUAAGUGUCCUCUGUGUUCCGAGAUGAUAGCGAGUGCCCGCAGUUUGUCGGCUCAUUUUCGCACGGCGCAUCCACACGACGAAUACGUCAAGGAGAAGCCGCAUGUGUGUCACGUUUGCGGGUCGCGGCUACAGACUAAAUACAGCCUCGAGGCACACAUGUUGAGCCAUCUUAAAGAAAAGCCGUUCAAAUGCAGUCAAUGCGGGCGCGGAUUCAACAGUGCGGGAUGUCGUGCUAGUCACGAGAACACCGUGCACUCGGAUUUGCGACCGCACCAAUGUUCCCUCUGCCAUAGAGCUUUUAAGAAGAAGGCUACGUUGAAGGCACAUUUUAUGACGCACACUGGCGAGAAACCCUACCGGUGUGAGAUCUGUGGUCACGCGUUCACUCAAUCCAACAGCUGCAAGAGCCACAUAAGGAAAGUGCAUGGAGAACAACCGCCCCGAAUACUUACUAGGACAAGGCAUACAUAUUGUAUGUUUUUAAUUAUCUUUUUUUUUAUUUGUCUAAUGGUGUUAAAAAUGGCAACCGUAAAGGCUUGUCGAGUUUGCUUAGAAAUGCAUGUAAAGCUUUUUAAAAUGUCUUCAAAUACUUUAGAACGCUACUACGAAUUACUGACUGGAACAAGCGACGUAAAGACGCUUGGACUUCCUGAAUAUGUGUGCUAUGCUUGUGCUGCACAAAUGGUUAAGUUUUACUUAUUCAGGCAGAAGAGUUUACGAGGGCAAACAGUAUUGCAAGGGAUACUUAAAAGUAGAGGGAAGAUCACUGAAAAAGAUGUAAGGCAAGUAGAUAAAAACAGCCUUAUUCUUACGUCUAAUCUUAGUAUUCAAAAAGCCAUGUAUGUUAGCAUAAGUGCAGAUUCUACUAUAAAUGAAGAUGUUUAUAUGAAGAUUGAAGAUAAUCAAUUAGAUAAAUUAGAACAAUAUGAUGAAGAUUCAUAUAAUGACAAUGAUUUUGAUUGGCCAAGUGAUGAGGAAAAUCACAAGAACAAAAUUAAAAAGGAAAUGGUUGAUGUUUCUGUAACUGUCAAAAGGGAGAAAGAAGAAAAGACUGAUGAUAUACCUCUAGCUAGAUUGAAGAAAGCAAAGAAAAGUAAAAGAAAGAAAGUCGAGACUCCCAAAAAGCGUCGCGGGAGACCAAUGCACGCGCUAAGACGUAACACCAAUCUUCCAGAGGAUGCUGUAACCCCAGAAGACUUCCACAGAUAUGUCAAUGUGGUUAACUUGACGAUAGCGGAACAAAUGGAGGAAAUUAGUAAACGCCGAGAGUCAAAGAACUAUCAAAAUGCCACAUUCAGAUGUGAGUUAUGCUUUAAAGGUUUCCUGGAUUCACGAACCUGGCAAAAUCACAAUAAAAAUCAUGUUGAGGGUCUUGUGGAGUGUGACAUUUGCAAGUUACGUUUCAAGGACAAGUAUAUAGUGGGCAAACACCUUAGACGACAUGGUACCAAGUAUCAUUGCAAACAGUGUCCCUAUGUCUCUACUGCUGUGCAUCAAGCAAAACAGCAUAUACUAUGGCAUCGCGGUGUUACUUACAGCUGUGAAUAUUGCGAAGAAGUCUUUACUCAAUGGAUGUCGUACAUGACACACGUUCGUCUAAAGCAUCCAUCAGACGUGGUGUGCGGUUUUUGUGGGUUCACCUUCAUUUCGAAGUUGGGCCUUCACCAGCACAAGUCCCUUAUGCACCGAGAUCAAGAUGAGAAAAGAGAUAUAGAAGAUAAUACCGAGGCCCCGUAUUGUGCGCUGUGCGGUGUGAAGUUCGCAUCGAAUGAAGCGUACAGCCGACACAUGGUCACUGCGCGGAAACAUGUGGAGACCAAUGAAAAUAAAAAUGGGUGUCGUCACUGUGGCGUGUCUUUCAAAACAGCAGACGAGUUACGUGCACAUGUGCGUACGUCACACGAUCGUCGGCCAUGGACGCGUUCCGACGGAUCCAAGAAAAAUGACUCUAGGAAAUAUCCGAUGCAGUGUCCGCAUUGUCCACAACAAAUACCUAAUGCGCGCUCGUUUUUCUGGCAUUUUAGAAAAAUUCAUCCUGAUAUUGAGUAUCCUAUAGAAAAGGGACAUGUUUGUGAAAUAUGCGGUAAAGCAUUUACGAAAAACGCCCUCUUAUCAUACCACAAGUUAACGCACUCGGGCGAGCGUGCUUUUAAAUGCGGUCAAUGUGGUAAGGCCUUCCACAUACGAAGGAAUCUCUUAUUACACGCGGCUGUACAUUCCGAACAGAGGCCUCAUGUUUGCACUGUGUGUGGGAUGAGGUUUAAAGUCAAGACUGUAUUAGAUAGACAUUAUAGGGUGCACACCGGUGAAAAGCCCUAUCAAUGCGACGUAUGUGGUAAAUCGUUCACUCAGUCAAACAGCUGUCAACUACACGUGCGUACAGUACACCUUAAGCAGCCUGCGCCGUAUGUCAGUCGCGCGCGCAGAGAACGACAGAAUAAGGCGCUUGCUCAGCCAAAUCAGUUACUGAUGCCGAAUAAUAUGGUGAACUAAUAAUAAAUAUUAAUAAAUUAAAAUACGUUUAUUUUGGAACAUAAGAUCAUCUAGGUAUCACUUAUUCCACGUCAAUCAAUUCGAACUGUAGUGACAUAAGGUAGUCUAUAGAGUAAUAUGUCCUGUUAACGGUCUGUAUCGAUUUUAUUGGUAAUAUAACGGUCAUGUAGUUACAUUGCGCUUUUAUUAUGAAAUAUAAUAAGCAGCUAAAAUAAAGAUGAAUCAUCUUUUUACCAAUUUCAUUUUUAUACAUAAACCAUAAUAAGGUACGUUUAUAUAUAUAUUUCGUCUAGAUAUGAGUACAAUGUAACCAUGGAAAUAAACUUUUUUAAUACAGCAAUUUAAAGAAUAUAUAUUUUCGAUAUAAAUUCAUGAAUGUUUUUUUCAUGUUCAUCUAAGGUAGGUAAAUAUUUUCUAUAUAAUUAAUUAGAAUCUAAAAUUGAUGCUAUUAGUUAAAGUAGUAAUUAAAAGUGACAUAAUAAUUGUAUUAUAUUAUUUAAUUCACUGUACAGUAUUAUGAUAUAUUAG